AUCCAAAGUUAUACUCUGUUUGUUUACUGUCUGUCACGUAGUUGUAACAAGUAAUACAAAGUUGGUUUUGUGUGUUCCAUAGUGGUAUUUGUGAACAAGUGAGUUCUUUUGCUGAAUUCUGCUGUGAAAUAUGAUUGUGCCACCGUCAAACGCAGUUUCUGAUGAUUCAGAAGACGACGUUGAAAAUGCUGAAGUAGAUAUCUAUCGCAGGAAGUAUCAACUUCUGUUGGAAAGGUGUGAAGUAUUACAGCAAGAUAAUGAAAGAUUGGUGCAUAGAAUUCAGCAUGUUAAAAGGAUGCUGCGGAGGUACAGGAGGGACAGGAAAUUUUUGAUGGACUGCCUUGACCAGCAUGGAGAUAAUUGGCGGAAUGCAUACCUUCAGCUUUCAUUAGAUGAACCAAGCUCUUCUGCAACAGUUAAAACGGAGAAGCAUCAGUCCAAAAAUAUAGAACGGACACCUUCAACAAAGGGAACUGCAGCAAGCGAGAAGAUAAGUCGCAAAUCUGGGAAUAGUUCAACAGGAAAACGUAAAGGAACUAAACAUGCUGAUCCAAAUGCUCCAAAACGGCCAGCAAACCCUUUCUUACAGUUUUGUCAAGAACAGCGGCCAAUUGUUAUGGAACGCUUAGGACACGAACAAAAAGGAGAAGCAGAAACAUCUCGUCAAGAACUUACAAGGCAGUUAGCUAGUCGGUGGAACACCCUUCCAGCUGAAGAUAAAAAGGUUUACUACGAUAUGUACGAGAAGUCAAAGGAGAAGUAUGCAGCCGAGAUGCAGAUGUAUGCAAAGCGUACCCAGACUCCUGUGGAAGAUGAUGUGUGAACUAAACUAACAAAUAUACAGCCACACAUGGAAUCAAACACACUGUUUGUUGUUAUCUGUUAUUUUGGACGGAGGUUAGGAGUGCUUUGUCUUCUUGUGUAAAUUGAACACUGGAGUGAAAUGUGACAUUGGCUUGCAACCUCAGUUUGUCACUGUAUUUAUUUUCAUGUCAAUGUAUCUAGAGGCAGUGAAGCCAAUUAAAGAUAUGUGUAAGAAGAGCU